AGAAGGAACAGAAGACCAUUGAUAUCAGAGAGGAUUGAUCGCAAAGGAGGAUUGAUGGCGACGAUUAUGUUGCGGUCUCUUUUGAGUCCUCUUGAACGUUGCCUCGGUGUGAGCGCCGGUGGGGAUGGUUUAAUGUGGCACGCUGACCUUAGACCCCACGCUUCCGGCGAUUACUCCAUCGCCGUCGUGCAAGCGAACAACAACCUUGAAGAUCAAAGCCAAGUCUUCACUUCUCCUAUGGCUACCUACGUUGGCGUCUAUGACGGUCAUGGUGGUCCUGAAGCAUCUAUAUUUGUCAACAGACAUCUCUUCUAUUUUCUCCAUAAAUUUGCUUCAGAACAAGGUGGAUUAUCUGCAGAUUUGAUAAAGAAGGCAUUCAAUGCUACUGAAGAGGAGUUUUUGCAUUUGGUGAAGCAAUCAUUGCAUCUAAGGCCUCAAAUUGCUACAGUUGGAUCAUGCUGUCUAUUUGGUGCUAUUUCAAACGAUGUGCUAUAUGUGGCGAAUCUGGGCGACUCAAGAUUAGUUCUUGGAAAGCGAGUGUCUAAGGGAAAGAAAAACAUGGCGGUGGUAGAGAGAUUGUCAAAAGAUCAUAAUGUUGGAGUUGAGGAAGUUAGGAAGGAGGUUGAGGCACUUCAUCCAGAUGAUUCUCAUAUAGUAGUAUACACCCGCGGAGUCUGGAGGAUUAAGGGCAUAAUCAAGGUGUCAAGAUCCAUUGGUGAUGUUUACCUGAAGAAACCUGAGUUUUAUAGAGAUCCAAUCUUUCAGAAAUUUGGAAACCCUGUUCCUCUUAAAAGACCUGUUAUUACAUCUGAACCCUCCAUCCUUGUUCGGCAGCUUAAGCCCCAGGACCUAUUCCUGAUCUUUGCAUCGGACGGCCUAUGGGAGCAGUUGAGUGAUGAGGCUGCUGUAAACAUUGUUUUCAAAAACCCCAGAACUGGUAUUGCAAAGAGAUUGGUAAGAGCUGCACUUAAAGAAGCUGCGAAGAAAAGAGAGAUGAAAUAUGCUGAUAUAAAGAAAAUCGAAAAGGGAAUAAGACGCCAUUUUCAUGAUGAUAUAACUGUGAUUGUUGUUUAUCUCGAUCAACAUCAAGACUCCUGCAAUAAUAAAGUUAAGCAAAGCGCCUUGGGGUGCACGACGGCACCUGUUGACAUCUAUUCCUUCAAUGCCAGAUGCAGAUGAAACAGAUGAUGAUCUGUUUCAAACAAUUUCUUGAGAAAAGUUUAUUUGUGUACAGGAAUGAAAUGAUGGCGGGAUUGGUUCUCAAGAGGAGGGUCCAUUUGAGAAAAUAUAGAGU